AUGAGCGACUCUAAACCAACUGCGCUGAAGCCUAGCAUUUACAGGUCCAAGUCUUCGUUUCUUGACCUAGGCAUCUCCAACUCCAGAGUGGUCCAUGUGGACGAGAAGGGCAAGAUGAUGUCGCCCUCCAACUCCCACAGCACGCUCGAGACCUUCAACGAGGAUAGUUUGGAAAGAGGCUUAAAGUCCAGACAUGUCCAGCUUAUCGCUAUCGGGGGUGCUAUCGGAACCGGUUUGUUUGUGGGGUCUGGUGCCAUCUUGUCCACCUGUGGACCGGCCAGUUUGUUCGUGGCCUAUCUCAUCAUGAGUUUUGUCAUCUAUUUUGUUAUGCAAAUGUUGGGAGAAAUGACCACAUUCUUGCCCUUGCCAGGAAAUGGUGCCCAAUCCUUCGUUAACGACUACUUGUCGGACUCGUUUGGGUUUGCAAUCGGCUACAAUUACUGGUACGCCUUCAGUAUUUUGGUGGCUGCCGAGGUGACUGCUGCCGCAAUCGUGGUGGAGUACUGGACCGAAAGCGUCAACAUCGCUGCUUGGAUCUCAAUCUUGCUUGCGUUGACCAUCGCUCUUAACAUGCUGUCGGUGAAGUUCUUUGGGGAAGCCGAAUUUUGGUUCGCUUCCUUGAAGUUGAUCGCUCUUACCGGAUUGAUUAUUCUUGGUGUUGUGUUGUUCUUUGGAGGCGGUCCCAACCAUGACCGCUUGGGUUUCAGAUACUGGAAACACAGUCCUUUCAAAGAGCAUUUGGUUGAAGGAUCUACCGGUAGAUUCCUUGGAAUUUGGACUGCCAUCAUCAAAUCUGGUUUCUCGUUUAUUUGUUCUCCUGAACUUGUGGCAACCGCAGGCGGUGAAUGUCAAAAGCCUAGAAGAAACAUCCCCAAGGCUGCCCGUAGAUUUAUCUACAGAUUGGCCUUCUUCUACGUCAUCGGUGUCUUGGUCAUUGGUGUCAUUGUCAGCUCCAAUAACAAGAGAUUGUUGUCUGGUGGAAGUGACGCUUCUGCCUCUCCAUUCGUGAUUGGUAUUCAAAAUGCCGGUAUUAAGGUUUUAAACCAUAUUAUCAACGCUGUCAUUUUGACUUCCGCUGCAUCUGCUGGUAACUCCUUCUUGUACUCUGCAUCCAGAGCUUUGUACUCGGUUGCUUGCAGAGGCAAUGCUCCUGCCGUUUUCAAGACUACCAAUAGAUUUGGAGUUCCAUACUACUGUGUGGCUGCCUCCUCUGUUUUUGGCUUCUUGUCUUACUUGAAUGUCUCCAGUUCUUCUGCAAACGUUUUCGCGUGGUUCUCCAAUAUUUCAACCAUCAGUGGUUUCAUUUCUUGGAUCUUGGUAGCCUUCGCCUACUUGAGAUGGAGAAAGGCUAUUAAUUACCACGGCUUGUCGGAGAGAGUGACCUUCAAAACCCCAUUCCAACCAUAUGGCGCUUACUUUGUCAUCUUCUUCAUUUCACUUGUCACCAUAACUAACGGUUAUGCUGUAUUCUUUGAUUUCAAGGUAGGUGACUUCUUGGCUGCUUACAUUACCUUUCCUAUUGUUGUCGUGCUUUAUGUUGCACAUAGGUUCUAUGCCUGGAAAGUGAAUGGCGUUCAAUACUGGUUAAAGCCAAUCAAAGACAUUGACUUGAUAACAGGCUUGGAUAUAAUAGAAGAAGAAGACAGAUUAGAGCCUGAUCCAAUUCCAAAGAACUGGGUCGAAAGAAUCUGGUACUGGAUCGCCUAA